AUGCCGGGGCCACCAGCCUUACCAUCGAUAACAUCACCAUUGAUCGAUUCUCCAGUUCGUUUGGCUGGUGUUAUAAUAGGAAGUCUGAUCGGUCUAAUGCUUGUCGUGUUCAUCGUAGUGAUUGUCAUCCUCAGACGAAGAAAACAGAACGAGAGGCUUAAUAAAGCUGAGGCAGAGCCAAGAGAUCGAAACAUAGCGAGAAGCUCUAACGUGCAGAAUCAGAGUUAUGCUGAGGUGAGGAUGUCGGACCUGGUGGGAACGGAGCUUGAUGACAACAUGGCCAGUGUUACACAGUAUUCAGAGGACUCUCAAGCACUGUACUCCAAUGAUCUUGUGAAAGAGAGGAAAAUGAAACAGCGCCAGAUGGAGCAGCAGGAAAGAGCCUUUCACAACGACGCUGCGGUGUAUGAGAAUGAGCCAGGUCUCGUCGGUGGUGUCCCUACAAACGGCGCUUCGGCCAUGACGUACGAUACUUUGUGGAAAUCCGGGGUGACGACUUCUUCAGAUGACACCUAUAACCACUUACACCAACAGACCGUCGUGCCCGAGAAGAAAGUCGAGACGCACCAUUCCGUGAAUGUGUACAAUCAUUUGUACGGCAAAGGUAAAGCCUUACCCAAACCUGUCCAUGGACCGACAUCAGUCCAGGAUAACCUCUACUCACUGGCGAAUAAUUGCAAUGAUUCAAACUGA